UUCAGCCAUUGAGCUCGGCAGCCUGGGUCCGGGGAGUUAUGGCUGUGAUAUGCAACAUAAUAUGAGUUUUUCUGUCACUAUGAGGAUAUUUAGCAUUUCAUAGGGGUCUGUCAAGGGGAUUGGGCUCAAAACUAGCUGGUGUAAGUGUCCGCAGCAGCAGAUCCAUGAUGUCUGUGGCGGCUGGGGGCAGUGGAGCCUCUCUGGGCGCAGUGGCUUCUGGGUGUCUGUCUGCAGCUUCGCCCUACGCCGCUGCUGCAGCCGGGGGAGGAGCGGGGGAGGCCGGGGGAGCGGCUGGAGUGGCCGGGAGACUCCCAGCCCGUGUCCUGGAACACAUUUUCUCGUAUCUGGAGCUGUCGGAGCUCAUGCGCUGCUCUCUGGUGUGCUGGCACUGGUAUAACAUCCUGUCUGAUGAAAACAGUGAGGUGUGGCGCAGUCUGUGCACCAGGAGCCUCAGUGACGAGGCUCUGCGCUCGGAUGUGCUCUGCAACCUGCCCACCUACAAGGGAAAGCUCAAGUCCUUCCAACACGCUCUCAGCUCCCACGACUGCUCACGUAAUGUUUACAUAAAGAAAAACGGCUUCACCCUCCACCGAAACCCCAUCGCCCAAAGCACGGACGGCGCUCGCGGCAAAAUCGGCUUCUCCGAGGGACGGCACGCGUGGGAGAUCUGGUGGGAGGGGCCUCUUGGUACUGUAGCGGUCAUUGGUAUUGCCACGAAACGGGCAGCUAUGCAAUGCCAAGGCUAUGUGGCGCUACUGGGCAGUGACGACCAGAGCUGGGGCUGGAACUUAGUGGACAAUAAUCUUCUUCACAACGGAGAGGUCAACGGAAACUUCCCACAAUGCAACAAUGCGCCAAAAUAUCAGAUUGGAGAGAGGAUACGUGUGAUUCUAGACAUGGACGACAAGACGUUAGCGUUUGAGCGGGGCUUUGAGUUCCUGGGCGUGGCGUUUCGAGGACUGCCCAAAGCCUGCCUAUUCCCAGCCGUGUCCGCGGUUUACGGCAACACGGAGGUCACCAUGGUUUACCUGGGCAAACCUCUGGACGGCUAACGGGGGGGGCGCUGUGUCGCCGUUGCGUAAUGCGCUCCAACGUAUUAAUAGUGGUUCAUUUUACAGCCACGGGGACAUUACCAACGCGGCGAUGGCAUUUACGAUACAUUUUUUUAACCAUUUUGGAGGCGAGGACCGCCAAAGUUUUACAAAACGCCGCCUCUGUGACGAAAGGGAAACGAUCCGGACCCGUGACGCUGACGACGCAGCUGCCGCCACGCUCCGAGAUCAAACUUUUCAUCGAGCGUUAUUAUGAUUAGCGCUGUCGAAAUGUUUGUGUUCACAGGUUUUAAAUCAUGCCACAAAAAAGACUGGACUCGGAAUGUCUCCACGCCAAUUCAAGGUUUCAAUGCAACUUUUUGAAUAAAUGUACGCCAACGUGGACUACGCCAACGUGCUGUACGCCAACGUGGACUACGCCAACGUGCUGUACGCCAACGUGGACUACGCCAACGUGGACUACGCCAACACAUGUGCAUGGUUAUGGAAAAUUACUACUAUUGCGUUUGCCAUUUUAAAUUCACUGAGUAAUAUAUGUAUCUGUACCAUGUGUUUUAAUGUGCUACAGUAGUUACUAUUAUACACUAUUUAUUUCUUAUCAAUGGAACUAUAGCCACAAUAUGGUUAAUAAAGUCGACAUAGUGCCA